UGUUCUUCACGCAAAGCGGCUGACAGACGAUGCUCAAAGAGGCUAAAAAACAGCCCAGUAAAAUCCGAACUAGGAGGACUUGCAAGUGCAAGUGAAAACCUUGCUGCACUGGGGGAAGCGCCUAACACACCUGAUGGCGAUCGACACUCAGAAGAUCCAGGAGGCUGUGGUGUAAUUCAACAGAAAAAGGGUGAAAGCAUUCCUGAGGCUAACGAGGACAAGCAGGAAAAGGAGCAUAAUGCUUCUCUUGAGCCAUGUGCAGUGAAACCAAGCGGGGCUCCAUCAGAAAUGGAUAGCGAUGAAAAUCCGUGCAGUCCUGUCUGCAGCGAAGAGGAGAGCAGCUGUGCGAGUGCACUCUCAGACGGGUCUGGCGUGGAGGAUGGAGAUGUCCCGACGAAGCCGACACAAGCAGACAAUAGUGCUUUCCUGGAUGAAGACAGCAACCAGCCGAUGCCAGUGGAGCGGUUCUUUGGAGAUGCUGCGUUUGGACAGGAUCUCCCGGCACCUGCGCUCCCCAGCACAACGAUGAGCAGGAGGGAAUUCAGAAAGCUGCAUUUCAUUGCAAAGGAAGACGACGAGGAGGAAGAGGACGUUGUCUAG